CAGAGUUUCAGUUCGCAAUCGGCAAAGUGAAAGUAUUGGUCCUGCGGCUUCUCUGUUAAGCAGCAAAAUAAUUCAAAUUAAGAUCUUUCUGUAGUGAUUUCACUUUGUGAACUGCAGGGAGGAUAUCUGUGGUCUCCGCUGGCAGCGGAUCAUGUUUAAUUGUCUCAGACUUCUCGUUGAAGUUUCCUUCAUGGCGAUUUUGGAAGAACCACAUUUCUGAGUCAUACCCAGCCCCGGGAUAAAUCAACAACACGCAUCAGAGACUUUGCAGUCUUCAGCGCUGAGACUGCAGCUUAACGACCAGCUUCACAUCUGAGCGCCUUAAAGACCUGUGGUGACCAACAGACUGUUGCACUCAUAGUGGAAACCAAAGGUUGCACAUGAAAAUCACCACUUAACUGCUGACUAAAUAAUCAGAAAUGGGGAACGUACCAUCAGAAUGUAACAUGGGCGACCGCCUGAGAUGCUGCAAGUGCAAUAAAGUCCUGCCUCCAUGCAAAUCCUUCGAUGAUUUAUACCAAAGUACUAUUCAUGGGCAGUACGUACAUGUGUUCAAUGGAGGUGAAUACUACAGACCAGUUGACUACGAUAUGUACGAGUGUGAUUAUUGCUUUAAUAAGCCAAUCAGGGAUCAAGAGGAAAUGAGGAGAGAAGAGGAGCAACGGAGGAGAGAGGAGGAGAGGAGAAGAGAAGAGGAGCGACAGAGGAGAGAGGAGGAGAGGAGAAGAGAAGAGGAGAGACAGAUGAGAGAACAGCAAAAGAGAAGAGAAGAGGAGAGACAGAUGAAAGAACAGCAAAGAAGAGAGGCAAGAGAAGAAGAGACAAGAAGAACUGAAUCAAAGACUUCAAGAAUCCCACCAACGAGCCAACGAGCAGCAGGAGAAACAACUGAGCAGCGACAUUUCAGAAGAAUAUGAGUCCAAGCGAGACGUUCAAAUAUGGCAUCUGGGUGAGUUUGAGGCUAACUAUGAAUCAGGCAGUGAUGAGCUUCUAGAAAUCCUCUCUUUGAAAUGCAGUUUCCCAGUUCCAGAUCUCAGUCUCACUCAGCUGACAGCUGAUCAGCAGGGGAAGAUCGUGUCAGUCCUGGACAAACUUCUGUUUGAUGAAUGGAUUAGUGCUCCCCCAUCCCUCAGCACUCUGCAGCACACUCAGGUGUUCAUCACAGAGCUGUGUGCCUUGUCUCUGGAGAUAUCCGAGGGAGUUUCACUACAAAGCUUCUCCAGUCGUGUGCAGUCCCUGGUGGAGUCCAUCAGCCAAUCAGCAUGUGAUGUUUUUGAGAGUUUCCUGCUGACUCAAGCCCUGUACGUGAACCUGAUGCACUUUUUCACUGACUACGGCAGCUCUGAUACUGACGCAGUCGUCAUAGCCAAACAAUGGGCUGAACGCGAGCUUUCUACUGAGCAGCUCUUUCUUAUAGAAUUCCUGAGCACCCUCACAUCAUCACUGCAGAAUGCAGUUGAAAAAGCCACUGUGUUCAUUUUAAAGAUGGAAAUCCAGUGCUUGAAGCUUCUCUUAUCCACACUCACACAACUAAAUGGCAAAGAAACCCAUUCAGAAUCCACUGAAAUGCUCCUCAGACUUGUGCAAACAAACCAUUGGACCCCAACGGAGGCGGUGACUCUGCUCAAAGCACUGUCACAGAAAUAUGCAGAGGACGUUUCAAUAACUGAAGUCCUUACGUUGGUACAAGUGUACGACAUAUCGCCUGAGUGGACGGAUGAGUCCGGACACUCUCUCAUCCGUGCUCUUGACUUUGCUGGCCCUGAGAGAUUUCAUCAGGAUUUCCAAAAGACUGUCAGAAGGGAAGAUGAGAGCAGUCUAGUUGCAGCUCUAGCAGAAUUAAAGAUGUUAUGGAAUUUGGAUGAUUCUGUGAUUGAUAUGAUAAAAAACAUUACCAGUGGCGUCCGGCAAUAUUCAGAAAAUGCACCAAAAGAUGCACCAUUUAUGAAAGAUUCCUUUAAAUGUGUAACCUUGAAUGCAGACGACAUACAGAACUCUCUGUCUCAGCUCUGCAAAGCAGUUUUUGACACAAAAGGCUGGUGGCCCACAGGGAGGCAGAUGCUGCGGUGGUGUGCAUUGGUGCUGACUGAGAAGAGUGGAGCGCUACAACUGGUUGGUGUGGAAGAAGACCCAUGUGUCACAGCCAUGUUUGCAGCCGCACAAGUCUGCAUGGGAAACAAACUGGACAUUGUGCUGAGCUCUGACGUUCACGCAGAGGAGCAAACUAAGGAGUGGUCUGACUUCUACAAACACCUUGGAAUUUCUGUCAACACAAACUUGAAGAAAACGAAUGCAUCAUACAGGGAUGUCUAUGAAGCGGACAUUGUGUAUGGUACCAUCAAUGACUUUGUCUCUGAUUACUUUCAGUACGGCAUAGAGGUGAUGGAAACAGGGAACCCUCAGCUUAGUCGUGGAUUUAUCAUUGAAGAACAAAGUCUCAGUUCUUCCCAUAAUCUGCAACUUUCAAGGCUCAAGGACAAUGAUUCCCUGGUGUUUGCUGCAGAGGUCCUGCAAAGCCUCAUGGGUAAACUUCACAGUGAAGAUAUGGAACUGAGAAACAGGUUUAUUAAGGCUCUUUUUCAGGUGCUCCACACCAACCUAAACAAAGACACAAACACUGACAAUAAAAUCAUCACCAUCUCAAAAAGAAUUACUGGAAAGGGAUUGCCUUCUGAUGAGGUCUUUGUUCUGACCUUUCUUGAGAAUCUCCUGAGAGUGGUUACUGAAGAACCAGAAAGUGAGAAAAACGGGACAUCUCCAGCAGGCAAAUGGUGUUUGGAGAUUUUAUUUGCCUGUGUGGAGCAUUUCCAAGCCUCAAAAGCACAAACCAAGGAACUCUUGCAGAUGGUUUCAAAUCUUGGAGCACAAAGACUCUGGUCAAGCGUAGAAGUCUUAAACCUCCUUGGAGCAUUGACUGACCACCAUCAUGAUGAAGACUGUAUUUCCAUCAUGAAGAUUUUACAUUUAAUGGCAACAUAUCAGGUGUCUUCCAAAUGGACAGAUGAGAACAACCAAUCUCUCCUUAAGCUCUUAGAUUCAUCUAGAACUGAGGAACUGAUCCAGCAUUUAGAAAAGAGCCUCAGAGACGAGAAAAUAAAAAGCAUUGACACUCUUUUUGACGAAAUACGGCAGAUGAAAGACAUUGAUGAACAAACACUGAGUAAAUCAUACAGUAUAGUAACUCAUGUAACACACCUGAUCAAAACCGGGGAAAUUGAAAACCACACAGAUGUACAGCGAGCUAGGAAUCUGAGUCACAGCACGGACACAGAAGACCUUCAGGAGUUCCUGGCAGUCUUAUGCAAUGCUGCGCACCUGCACAACUUUGAAAGGAAGUGGUGGCCCAGAGCCACUCAGAUGAUCAGCUGGUGCCUCUUGGCCUUGUCUGACACUGGGAAGCUCCUGGAGAUGGGCACUGGAGAAGGGAAGUCUUGUGUCAUAGCAAUGUUUGCAGUGCUGCGUGCGCUUCUGGGGAAAAAAAGUAGAUGUGGUGUCCAGCUCUUCUGUGUUAUGUCAAAGAGAUGCAGAAGAAUGGACCAACUUCUACAAGUACUUUGGUGUGACAGCUGACACAAACACAAAUAAAACCGAAGAUGAAGAUCGAAAAAAAUGCUACCAGAAGGAUGUGGUCUAUGGAACUAUCGAAGCCUUCGCUGCAGAUCACCUUCGCCAGAUAUUUGAAAUGAAGGAUGUGAGGCCUGAUCGCAGCUAUCAGUGCAUCAUAAUCGAUGAAGUGGACUCACUGCUACUGGAUCAGGGAGUGCAGCUGACCUACCUGUCCAGUCCCAUGGUCUCCAUGAAGCACCUGAACAUUAUUCUGGCCAUGAUCUGGGGCCAUGUCAGCCAGUAUGGCUUCCUGUCUGCAGGACACCAGACAUUUGUACAGGCUCCUCCUGCUUCAUUCUUCAAGGCCAUCUUUGACUCAAUAGACACAGAGGAAACUGAUAUUAAUGACCCAAUGGACAUUUUACGCAUCGCUGAAGAAUCCAACACUGUGCCAAAAGGAUUUACAGAGGAUCUCUUCAAAAGUGAAAAGGAUGAACUUCUUAGGAAACUGAAAACUGUGAGUCAGGAUGCUGUGGUAGAUUUUUUCCAAGAAAUUGAGCACUAUGUCCCCUAUGGUUUUACUGUUUACACUUUAGACGACACGGGAUUGCUCUGUCUGAGAAAGCGCAGCCUGUACAACAACCAGGACAUUUCAGAGCUUACAUUUCUUGUCUUGGAGGAAGGCUUGUGUUGUUCUCUCUAUGACUCAGAAGAAACUCUCAUCAAGCCCAUUGCAGAAAUGAUCUCAGAGGAGAUUCAGUACACCCCGUGUACAAACAAUGAAGACAAAAUCAGCAUUCCUGGAUUCUUGAAGAAUCUGGUGGAGAAGAAAGUGUCAGUGUGGGUUCAGAAUGCCUUUCUGGCAAUGCAACUGAAGCAAGGACGUGAAUAUGUUGUAGAAAACGACAACGUCUGUCCAGUGGAUUUCAGAUCAACUGGUAUUGUGGAACUGAAUAAGAAAUGGGGUGAUGGUCUGCAGCAGUUUGUUGAGAUUAAACACAAAAUCAAACUGAGCACAAUUUCAAUAGUGACAAACUACGUUUCUAACAUUUCCUUUUUUGAAAAGUACCAUGGGAAAAUAUAUGGAACAACGGGGACACUUGGGAGCAAAACAGACAUGCUGUUUUUGCAGGACCUAUAUCCAAAUCUCUCUGCCUGCAAAAUGCCAUCAUUCAACAGGAAGAAGUUAUUUGAGGUCCAAGGUACUCUGAAGACCUCAGCUGAAGAGUGGAAAUCUGAACUAAAACGUGUGGUUAUGGCUCAGAUUUCCCCAAAUUCAUACAGAGAUGGAAGAGCAGUCCUGGUGAUCUGUGAAACCAUCAACAAAGCUAAAGAGAUCUACAAAGAGCUGAAAGGCAGUAUCCCAGGUGAAAUCAUUCUCUACUGCCGCAGCGACACAGACAGUUUAAACAAAAUAGAUAAGCAACUGCUUCCUGGUGAAGUCAUUGUCGCCACAAACCUUGCCGGGCGUGGCACAGACAUAAAAGUGUCUAAACAGGUGAACAACAAUGGAGGAUUAUUUGUGAUCCUCUCCUUCCUUUCUGGGAACACAAGAGUGGAACUCCAGGCUUUUGGUCGAACCGCACGCAAAGGUAAACCUGGAUCUGCUCAAAUAAUCAUGUCCACUGAACACCUGCAGCAGUCUUUCAGGACAGCGUCUUCUCUGGAGGAAGCUAAGAACACAAGGGAUAGACUGGCAGCAGAAAUGAUAAAUCACAUGAUGAACGAUGUCAUGGAGUUGAAACUGCGGGAGGACCUGUUUUCAGAGUAUGUCAGAACUCUUCAAGAUAUUCAUAAGAUCACAGAUGCAGAUGACAAAAGAGCUGUUGUUGCCAUCAUGAAUGAGUUCUGGGGGAUAUGGUUGCAAACUAAAUCAGAAGAAAUUGACCAGUUGAAGAGAAAUGAAUUGCAAAAGAGUUUGAAAGCUGAUUUGUCAUUGGCAAAAAGUCAGUCUCAAAGUCAGACUUCACCUUCUUCUAGCAUUUAUCACUACAUCAAGUUUGGAAAUAUCGCACUGAGUGAAAAACAAUGGGACGUCAGCGCCAGGCUAUUUGAAAAAGCCAUGAAGCAAGAUGAAAGUUGGGCAGCCAUAGCUUUUUACAGUCAUGCGUACUGCACUAUAAAGCAGCAAAAUGCAGAUUACCUCACUAAGGCCAGAGAUGAUCUAACGAACGCACAGGAGUCUCUGAAGUAUCUCAGUGAGGAAUCCAUGGUCUGUCUGCAGUUUGUAAAGAUGUCGUCUACAGACUCAGCCAACAGUAACCCAACCAGCCUUGAAAAACAGUUAACAACCAAGUGCACCAUGUUGGGGUACUUUGACAAAAACAUUAGUGAGGCCAUCCAAAAGCUGGAUGAAAUAAAUGAAAGAGGGAGGUAUGCAAUGCUCAAAAAAUUACCAAUUUUCUCCCUGGUGUCGAAUGAUGACGAAGAUCUCCAAGUGGAAGCCUACCACCUCUACAGUCAAGGAUUGAAAUAUGUUUUUUCUGUGGAAGAGGAGCCUCGUUUCCCAUGGGAAGCUCUGCUGGUAUUCUGUCUUGGAGUUUUACAGAUUAUUGGAGGAGCACUGCUCACUGCAUUUACAUUUGGUACAUUCGCUCAAGUUGGCAUUGGACUCAUCAUUGAAGGAAUAUCAGACUGCAUCUAUGGCAUAGAGUCCAUGGUGACAGGAGAAUUCAGCUGGAAAGCAUGGGCUAUAGAAAAAGCCAUUUCUAUAGGUGUAUCUCUCAUUGGGUAUGGGGUUGGAAAGCUGAUUGCAAAGGGCAUCACAGCUUCUAAAACGUUAAUUAAGGGAUUCGGUAAACAACUGAAGUCUAUGCCAAAGUUUCUCUCCAGACAGGUUAAAGAUGGUUUAAGUGUUGUCGCAAAGACAAAUAUGAAGAAUGCAGUAAAACACACUGCUAAAAAAAUGGUAGAGGAAAUCAUUACCUAUGGAUUGGGGAAGGCAGAAGAGGAAAUACUGACACAAAUACUAAACGGCAUCAAAAAUGAGCUGGAAAAGGGAAUUGUUGACGACGUGAAAUCCAACAUAGAAAAUGAGCCCUUGGCUACGUUAGUAGACUCCAUUAUCCUCUCACACCUUGAGGAUAAAAAGCAACUUCAUGAUCUCCUGGAGGAUGAGAACAGAAAGAGUGAACUGCUGGCCAUUUUCAGAAACUUAAGCAACACUGCAGUUCAGCCAUUCUAUGCAAACCUCAGCUGGCAGAAAAAGAUGAACUCGUCCUUCUCCAAAGUGAUUGACAAAGUUAAAGUCGAGGCCAAAGGAAAAGCACAUGGAAUUCUGACAGCCAUCCAAGCUUUUCACAUGGCAACACUGGCAGGAGACGCCAUCAUUGCAGUGAACAGCCUCUCCGGCAGGUUUUUCACAAACCUUCAUGAACAGCUGAAUAUAUUUAAAAAAGAAAGAGGGUUUUCAGAGAAAGUGAAGGUAAAUGAGCUGUCUGCUUCAGACACUGAGAUGCUGAAGAAAUUCAAGCAGGAUUUAGCCGACACCAUCAGUGCAACAUUGGCUGAUGUUUUGGUAGAAGUGUUCCACCAGAAGUUCUCCAGUCACAUUGUUUCUCGUCUUCAAGGCCAAGUAAAUGGCAUCAUUGGUCGUUAUGUAAGAACUGGCUUAAAGAGUGACAGAACAGCAGAAAAACUCAGAGCUGGACAGAACAACAGGUACAUCGCAUACAUGCCAAAGUCUAAACAUAAAGUUGCAGGAGAGGCAGGUAAACACUCACAGUCACAUGCUGAAAAGAUCAGGAACCCCAUGACUGCAGGAACCGUUCUUGAUAUCAGAGUCCUGUCAGAAACCACUGGCACUAAGGUUGUCAUCCUAACAGAGGACAGCCAUGGCAGACUUACCAAAAUGCAGGAGUUGAGCCCAGUCACUAAACCCACCAGUCAAACUGUGACACUGAUCUACAGACCAAAGAGUGCCCAAUACCCAGACGGCCAUUAUGAUGUGUCCAUCAAUAACCAGCCAGUGAGCAUAGUCAACAAGGGCAAGAGCUGCCUGUUUCAUGCUUUGGCAAAAGGCAUGAAACCAGAGGCCAGUGAAGAAGCAAUUGCUUUGGAAGCAGACCGCCUCCGAUCUGUGGAGGCCGACACUCUCCUCAGACACCCAGGCCAAUGGGAGUCUUUCGUCAAGCGCAAAGAGUGGACUGAAGCAAUCAGAGGAGGGGACUGGUACAUGGCAGAGGGAGCUGUACAAAAGAAAAUCAUAAAAGAAAAGACAAAGAUUAUUGAGAAAGAGGUUGGAAAAAUCAAAUAUUACAAAAACUGGAAAAAAUAUGCAACAAAUAAUCCUGGAAUUGGAAAGUUCAUCAAUGCAGAUCACCAGCCACCGGUUCAUAGUAUAUUGGAAGCUAGAAAAUUGAACCAGAAUAGCAGAUUAGCAGAAGCCAUGCUUGAAGUGGCAACAAACUCAUCUCCUCUAGAUAACAACCUGAUUCCUGGUGUGCGCAAAAAUCAUGGCCUUGAACUUCCAACUGUUUAUGUGCCUGCAGAAAUACAUCGUGAGUUUCCCAGUACCAAAUCAAAAGCCUUCAGAACAUGCUUAGCUACCGCCAUAAGCACAGAUGAUGUUGAGGGCACCUUCAAACUGACGAUCCUUGGUGCAAAUGUGAGAUUCAAGUUGAAUAGCACCAAGAACUUCAACAACUUUCAGAACAGCACGAAGAGUAAAACCAGGCUUGCCAUUUUUGAAAAGAGUUUUCAGCAACACAGUACAGAGAUGGUACAGAAAUGGUUCAACCUGCUUCAAGGCAAUGGAGUCAUGACAAACACCAAUCUUACCAACAUUACUACAUGGAUCAACAACGAGGGCUACGAUAAUCAAAACGACCCAUACAGGAACCAAGUCUUCAACCUCCUAUAAUGAAAAGUGAACCGACACCUGAGAAUAUGACUGGUGAACAAGUACCAUGAAAACUACAGAGAUCUUCCACCUCCCUGAUGAUCACCAAGAGACCUCUCUGGAUAUUCAGUUUUAUUUAUAUGGCGCCAACUCAUAACAGAAGUUAUCUCGUUGCACUUUUCCUACAGAGCAGGUCUAGACUGUACUCUUUAUGAUAUUAUUUACAGAGACCCAGCAAAUAUGUAUCAUGAGGAUUGCUUUUCCUUUUGGUUUAAUUCAAAAUAACAGAAUUUUACUAUGCAAGGGGCUCAUUACAGAACAAAUCCUAACUUCUUGUCCUAUCUCAUCUCAGGACAGGAAAAUUUGCCAAUACAGAAGUAAAUCCAAAGUUUAUUCUACUUUACACCCCUCUGCACUCCAUAAUGCAGUAAAACAUUGACUUGCAAACGAUUUACAAACAACAUAUUAACGUGACUAUUUUACACCUGUGCAGUUCUGCCAUUGGCCAUAUGAUUCGGUGGCUGUGAGUGGUAAACACCCCCACUGAAAUGUACUAUGUUAACACAUAAAUCACUAUGGUACGUGGUUAGGAUAGAAACAUAAGGUGGAAAUCAGACAUAUUCUCUUUUUUAAAAAUCUAUUGCUGUAACUAAUGAUCAUUUUAAAUUUAAAAUUGACAUUAGCCUACUAUGGCUGCCCAACUGUAUCUAUUUGGCAUCUUUGAAAAAAGGGGGAUGCAUAAAUAUAUGGUGGGAAAAUUAAUACAGAUGAUGCUCUCCACUGUUUUAUAGUAAGGACUUAGACAUUUUUGGAUUUUAGCUAUUUCAGAUGCUUCAGUAAUAUCUGAAUCCUGACUUUAGGUAAGAUAGUAAAACAGCUAAAUGCAGAUAGAAAAUCUUGGUCUGUAAAGUCCUAAAUGCUGUCUAAAAUUAGACACGGUAGAAUUUCAGGGUUAGGAUGUUUCUUUAAUGAGGACCCUUUGGUUUUUCACUGUUUAAAAGAGGCUUACAUCCCCAGUACAAACCUUGUUAGUUUUCCUAGAAAAGCAACCAUUACAGCACGUUCCCUCAGGUCAUGUGACGAUUUUAGACAUGUAAUCAUUUUCAGACACUGCCUACCAGACCAGUUUGGACAACAUCAAAAAGGAGUAAACUUCAAAUGUCAAUGUUGGAUUAUAAUAUAUGAUAUGAAUCCCCACUCAUACUAGCAAAGGAGGGCAUAUUGUAGGCCUAUUUCUAGUGCAAUGUUUCCAUUACUCAAUCAGGCUUAAAGCAUAGCAUAUCCUUGUGUGCUUUGAUUAUCAAUUUCAAAUGAAUUUGAUGCUCCACUUUUUAAAUCCAUACAUUUUUUUAAAAGUGAGUUAAUGUAGGGAAAAUAUUUCAUUAUAGGAAAUGAUGUAAUGUAGGGAAAUCAUUUUGCGAAAUAUUACAGGAUAAAGCUUGAGAUGUGCCUCAGACAUGGAGGAGUAGUUUCUGAGCUGCUGAUUGGAUGAAGAGAAUAGAGGCGGGGCUCGGAGAGGGGGAAGCAGACCUGAUAAAACGUUGCAAAAAUCAGGCACAUCCUGUCUCAAAAUGAUGCAGAAAACUUAAUGCAUGCAUUUGUUACUUCUAGGUUGGACUAUUCCUUAUUAUCCAGCUGCCCGAAUAAGUCCCUUAAGACUCUCCAGCUGAUCCAGAACGCUGCAGCACGUACCGACAAGAACUAGAAAAAUAGAUCGUAUUUAUCCAAUAUUAGCUUCUCUGCACUGGCUCCCUGUAAAAUCCAGAACUGAAUUUAAAAUCCUUCUCCUCACCUACAAAGCUCUUAAUGGUCUGGCACCAUCGGAUCUUAAAGAUCUCGUAAUUCCUUAUUACCCGACUAGAACGCUGCGCUCCCAGGAUGCAGGGUUACUUGUGGAUCCUAGAGUCUCCAAAAGUAGACCGGGAGCCAGAGCCUUCGGGUAUCAAGCUCCUCUCCUGUGGAACCAGGUCCCAGUUUGGGUUCAGGAGGCAGACACCAUCUCCACAUUUAAGAGCAGGCUUCAGACUUUCCACUGUGAUAAAGCUUAUAGUUAGAGCUGGCUCAGGUGAGUCCUGAACCAUCCCUUAGUUCUGCUGCUAUAGGCCUAGACUGCCGGGAGACUUCCCAUGAUGCACCUCUUUCCUCUCUCCUCCUCUCCCUCUCCGUCUCUAUGCAUUUUUAUCCCAUUACUGCAUGUUACUAACUCGACAUCUUGUGUCUCUAUAUACAGUAUACAGUAAAUUGAACUGAAUUGAACAAAAUCCCUGCCACAGUUUGGAUGACAGGAAUGUUCUUAACAAAGCUCUUUGCACUUGGUGAAUUCUUCUUCUUCCAUAAAGUAAUCUUGCUACCUUCAGGUCCACCAGGUUGCGUCCAGUUCACAUUUUCCUAAAUUCUGUUUAUCACUGCGCCCCUGCUCUGUGUCUACAGCAUCUCAUGCAUUAUCUUAAAAAUGGUGUCAAAUGUUUCAUUCAUGGAUUCAAUGUAACUGCAAGUGCUACAGCUAAAUUAAAACUGAUGUUCUGGGUAACAAUGAACUUGCAAUAUAUUCUGUGUGUUACUUUGCACAAUGCUCUCUCAUUAUGGCCUGAAUAGCAUGCAACCGUAUGUCUGAAAUACUUAAUAAAGCGAGCUGAGAGCUA